AUGUUCAGUACGGCUGGAGAAAAUGAGAUGUUUGCAUCUGAAUUUAUUCUCCCGGGCUUCACCACCCAAGCAGAUCUGCAGGUGAUGCUUUUUGUCUUGCUCCUUGCCCUCUAUGUGGUCACACUCCUAGGAAACCUGGGAGUCAUCGUGUUGAACUGGAUCCACCCCUCCGCCCCAAUGAGCCACUUGUCCCUGCUGGAUAUCUGCUGCUCCUCCACCAUUAUCCCCCGGAGCCUGAGGGAUGUUUUGGUGGGGAAGAAGGUGAUUUCCUUCGCGAGAUGCGUCACCCAGCUCUUCUCCUUCGCCCCCUGGGCCACCACCGAGUGCCACGUGCUGGCCGCCAUGGCCUACGACCGCUACGUGGCCACCUGCAGGCCCCUGCUCCACUCCGUGCCCGUGUCCCGGAAGAUUUGCACUGGGAUGUUGGCUGGAGUGCUCAGCUCCACUCUCCACGCCGUAUCCACGUUCCACGCUCUGUUCUGUCACUCCUGGGCCACUGAGCACUUUGUUUGUGACGGGCCCCUGCUGCUGGCCCUGUCCUGCUCCGACACCCGCGCCAGCGAGGCCGCGGUGGCUGCCAUGGUGGGGUUCAACGUGCUGAGCACCACGGCUCAUCCACUCAUCCCGGUGUCCUCCCCGUCCAUCCUGGCUGCCAUCCUGCGGAUCUGCUUGGCGGCCAGGUGGCACGAGGCCUCAUCCACCUGUGCCUCCCACGUGGCCUCCAUCGCUCUGUCCCACGGCAGCUCCACCCUCACGUCCGCUCCUGUCUCCAGCCGCUCCCGGAAGCAGGACAAGCUCAUCUCCCUGGGGUAUUCCAUCACCGUCCCCAGGCUGAGCCGUUCCUCUGCAGUCUCGGGAACGUGGGCUUGAGGAAACCCCAUGAGGAAAGCAACAAGUUGGAUCCUUGCUGCCUGGUCCAUCCAUGGCUCCUGGUCAGCUGAAAAUAGAGGACAACCCUGCUGCACUGAGGGGUGUCAGAGUUUGGAAGAGAGUGCUGCCGCCUUGUGGAUACAUCCGGUACUGCAGCUCCGAGCGCUCCGGGCGCUUCCCGCGGCUCCGCCGGCACCGGGACAUGGAGCGGGGCUGGGACCGGGACAUGGAGCUGGGCCGGGACAACGACGGGGACUGGCCGUGCGAGGCCGCGGGGCCCUCGGCCGGGGCCGCUCCCGGCAGGAACCGCGGGCGCGGUGCCGGGAGCGCAGGCGCGGAGCCGGGAGCGGCAAUGGAGGGGCCCGGCCGGGGGCAGCGGGAGCGGCGGCGCCGGGCUCGGAGGAUGAGGAAGCCAAGCCUGGCGAGAGGAAGAUGAGGAGGUGUGGGAGCAUGGAGACAGCGGCCACCAAAGGCUGGGGAAGGCACAGGUCCAGCAAAGAACAGCCCAAAGUGCCUCCUCACCCUCGUGGACAGCAGGAAUGUCCUCCACAGCUCCUGUUCGGGAAUGGCACUGGCUGCUGGGAGCUCUGGCAGGAGCUCCUGGAGCCCAGCAGGGAAGCAUUUAAACAAGAGGUGCCAGAAAGAACUGGAGCUUCUGCACAAUGAAAUCUGCAAGAAUCCAACUUCAAAUCCCCUGGACUGUCACUGGUCCAACUUCCAUGGACUGGUCACGGUGGCCAGGAGUGUCCAAUCCUGCUGGAAUGCACUGGACCAGGAUGUCAUUUUCAUUUUAUGCUGGUAAAGACUCUCUGGGUGACCCCCAGUGACUGGAAGGACCAGGCUAGACUCCCAGGGCACCAAUUCCAGGGGUGCUGUUUUUGGAAAUAGCACAGGAGCCUUUCCCUUGCCCAGAGGAGCAGCCAGUGCCUCCCUUAGUCCACAACUCCCCAGGAUGGACCACAGAGAAAAUAACAGGAAUGUGGAAAUCCCCCACACCGGGAGUUUGUGGUGCUCUGGAUGACAUUUGGGAUGUAAAAUGUUAAAGGGGGUGUGGAGGGGCUUUCCCCUCUCUCCUGUUCAUUAUUGUUCUCACUGCUCUUGUUGCUCUCACUGUUGUUAUGUGUUGUCAUCACUGUUAAAUGAUUGUAUUUGACUGGUUUCCAUUAUUAAACUGUCCUGAGCUGGG